GCAGCGCCGCCGCCGGCUCCUACCACUGCACAGCCCGCGGCCCCACCGGGACCAGCGCCAGCGUGUCCCCUGCCGUCACCCUGCGCGUCCUCUACCCCCCCCGGGUCCCAGUGCUCAGCUCCUUGCUGGAGGCUCCCGGCGGGCGCGGGGCAGUGCUGCGGUGCCACAUGGACAGCCGCCCCCCGGCGCUGCUGCGGCUCCACAAGGACGGGGUUCUGCUGGCCUCCAGCCCGCCGGACCCCUGGGCCACCGCAGAGCGGCUCAGCGUCACCGCGGCCACCAACAGCCUGCGGGUGGGCAUCAGUGAUGUGCAGCUGGAGGACGAGGGGGAGUACGAGUGCUCUGCCAGCAACGCCUACGGCAACGCCAGCACCACCGCAAACCUGACGGCAGGCACCGCCCACCUCUGGAUCUCUCCGUCCCCGGACGUCCUGGAAGGCGACACCGUCAACCUGACCUGCGCCGUCCACAGCGGCGCCCGGGCAGCUCUGACCUACACGUGGUACAGGGACGGGGUGCCGCUCAGCUCCGGCCCCGACCCGACCAUCACCAUCCUCAGCGCGACCUCCGCCGCCGCCGGAUCCUACAGCUGUACGGCGCACGGCCCCAGCGGCAGCCGCAGCACAGCGCCAAGAGCCCUGCGUGUGCACUGUGAGUGGGGGCUUUGGGGGCACAGCCCUGAGCCUGAGGGGGAGAACACCGCGACACCGCCCUCGUUUUAGGGCCCCCUAACCCUA